AUGUCUCGACUCUCCAACUACCGAUUACUAUGUUUCGACGUCUACGGCACUCUCAUCGAUUGGGAGAACGGCAUUAUCGCCGCAUUACAACCACUCCUCACAACCAGCACCACCGAGUUCUCCCGCAAGCACCUGCUGACCCUCUACCAAGAGCUCGAAAGCGAACAGCAGCGAAUCACCCCCGACAUGCCUUACUCCGAACUCCUAGCCACAGUGCAUCCCCACUUAGCCACACGCCUUGGCCUACCCACCCCCAAUGACGCCGAUAACCAACGCUUCGGCGCGUCAGUAGGUACUUGGCCCGCCUUCCCAGACACAGUCGACGCCCUACGGCGCCUGUCGCAGCACUACAAGCUGGUAGUCCUCUCCAACGUGGACCGGGCCUCAUUCGCCCGGUCCAAUGCCGGCAGUCUACAAGGAUUCCCCUUCGACCGCAUCAUCACAGCGCAGGAUGUGGGCUCGUAUAAACCCGAUGCGCGCAACUUCGCAUACAUGAAGGCGACCGUGCAGGAGGAAUUCGGUGUGCGACCCGAGGAGAUCCUCCAAACGGCGCAGUCACAGUUCCAUGAUCAUCGGCCAGCGCGGCAGGCGGGGAUUCGAUCGGUGUGGAUUGAAAGGCCUGGAGCCACAAUGGGAAAUACAGUGGAGGAGCCCAUUUUUGAUUGGCGAUUCGAUACCCUGGGGGAUAUGGCAGAUGCCUUGGAACGGGAAAAGGAGUAG